GAGAGGAAGCAGCAGGAGGAGGAAGAGUAUGAUGAAGAUGGAGGCCAGUUUUGACACAGAGGAGAGUUUUGACGACCCAUCCUGUCUCGCCCCGCAGCCCCCAGUCUCCCCUGCCAAGAGGACAAUCAACGAGGUGAAGGAGACCAAGACCACCAUAAACGGGGUGACGUUUCCUCUUCCUGGUGAGGGCCCGGAGCAGCAGCUACUGAAACCUAAUGAAUGGAGUUAUUGUGAUUAUUUCUGGACGGAUAAGAAGGACCCUCAGGGGGCGACCUCUGUGGUAGGGUUCGAGGUUCUGGUUCAGAAGCAGCUUAAGGGGAAACAGAUGCAGAAGGAGAUGUCCGAGUUCAUCCAUGAGAGGAUAAAGAUUGAAGAAGAAUAUGCCAAAAACCUGUCCAAGCUUUCUCUGAGUCCACUGGCGGCUCAGGAGGAGGGGACUCUAGGGGAAGCGUGGACACAACUGAAGAAAAGUCUUCAUGAUGAAGCUGAAGUUCACCUCAAGUUUUCCAACAAGCUACACUCGGAGGUGGAGAAACCUCUGCUGACAUUCAGAGGUGACGGCUUUAAAAAGGACCUGAAAAAGUACGAGCAUCACCUGGCCGACCUCAGGAAGCAGCUGACCAGCCGCUACGCAGGUGUGGAGAAGGCUCGUAAGGCUCUGGCAGACAGGCAAAAGGAUCUGGAGGUGAAGACUCAACAGCUGGAAAUCAAACUGAGCAACAAGACGGAGGAGGACAUCAAGAAAGCACGGAGGAAAUCCACACAAGCAGGAGACGACCUGAUGCGCUGCAUUGAUCUGUAUAAUCAGGCUCAGUCUAAGUGGUUUGAGGAGAUGGUGACCAGCAGCAUGGAAUUGGAGAAACUGGAGGUUGAACGGAUAGAGUGGAUCCAGCAGCAUUUACGUCAGUACACAACUCUGAGACACGAAACAGACAUGUUCAACCAGAGUACGGUGGAGCCAGUGGACCAGCUGCUGCAGAACGUGGACCCAGGCAAAGACAGAGAGCUGUGGGUGAAAGAGAAUAAGACGGGCGAGGUUCGACCCGUGGAUCUGGACAUUUAAAGACGUGGGAUCAGCUAUCCUGUCUGCAGUAUUUCAACACAAACACAGAGUUUCAGAUAACACUGAUCCAGGGAUGCUUCAGACAUCUGCUCGUCCUCUCCGCUGAACAACCUGAGGAAACUUUCAGCAAAGUAGCCUACCAGCAUGUUCCUUCUAAAUUUAACCCUUUCAUUACUGAUAUUAGCUCACUGAAUGGCAUUUAACAUAAUCUGCUGUUUAUCUGUAGUAAACUUAGAAAUUUAUCUGUAUUUAAAUUAAGCGUUGCUUUAAUUACGACCGACCAUUUGAGGAAAUUAAAAAAGUGAUUCCUUUUUAUUUUAGAUACAGAUACUAAAGCACAGUGAGAUCUUAAAAUGACUAUAUUUUCAUAUUUUGCUGGUUCGUCUGGUGGAAAAAAUGCAUGUUUGAAUUUGUUGCUUUAAUUGUUUAUGAGAUCUGCUCAGUUUGUGAACCAUGAUGGUUGUUUGAUGUAGUUCAUUGAAAUAGCAGAAAGUAUUCUGCAUCAUUUAUACGACAGACUGAAGAACAAGCUUUCUCUUGAACACAACAUGAGAAUUUACAUGUACAGCAUUAAUAAUACCCAGAAACCUCAACAGUGAACACAUAUGGUGUUUGGAUGGGAAUCUGUCUCCGCUCUUGGUGGAUCAGUUUGAAGCCCGGGUCUGUUCUGGAUCAGUCCGGAUGAAAAAGGUGGUCCAAGUCCACUGAAACACCUUUUAGUGCCUAACGGUUAAAUACCUGGAAUGUCCUUAGAGACACGUUCUGCAUCAGUGUACAUUUGUACAAACAGGCUUGAUGUGUGUCAUGUUUAACAGGCGACACGUGUUCGUACUGUACAAUGUUGUGUUUUAUUUUUGGUAAAUGUACAGAGAUUAUCUUUAUGACGGAGCAGGAAGAAGGAGAAAACAUGGAGCAGAAAAAAAAACAUGGUGUAGACUUAUGGAGGUGACGGUUUACAAUAAAAACAUAUUUUAUGAUAGACUGCAUGUACAGUGUGUCUGUGAGUGUGUGUGCGUGCGUAAAUGUGCAUCUCUGUCUCGACAUUUUGUUGUGCUCUGUCUCUUCUGGAUUAUUUUGUGGACGUUCUUUUCUAUCUCACAAAAGCACGAAGCCAAUCAGAUAAAGAUUUUAGUGGUAAUCCUUAUCCAGCUGCCUGCUCUGAGAAAAAAAAAAUGCUUACCUGCCUUAUCUUACAUAAUGCAUAAAGUGCAUUACACUGUGUUUUGUUGAUUAAAGUCUUUGUUAUGCACAUUCAGACUUUGAAGGCAUCAUGCAGGUUUGAACAGCAGAUCCGUCGUACAGCUUUAUCAGUGUGUGUCAGUGUUGUGUUCUAAAUGUUCGAUAAGUUUAAUCUAAAUGUCUCAGAAUCUGCAGUUUCAUGAUGAUGUGAGUUUACUGAUGCACAUUUUUCAUGGUUGUUUUUCAUGUUUUCGGGAUGUUUUGAUCAUACGUGACCUCUGUCAGACGUGUUCUGUGGAAUGCAGCGUCC